GUGAAAUAAAUAUGUAACACUCGCUACAGGACAUGACAGCGAUUUCGGCGAUGGUCGGAGGAACGGAAGGGGAGGAAUUGAAAUGACGUAAGUUUGUACAGUUAGGUUUGUUUACAAACCAAUGACUGUAUAAACGAUGGACGACGCGACAUCGCCUCCUACCAGUGUGCAAAAAUGAAGCCAAAAUCUCCCGUUCAGCGGUACAAACUGGGAGCGUGUUUCUGCGGGCGCGUGCGUACAUUUUCGCCCCACACGUGAACACUCGCCACCAAACUAACCAAUCAAGAUGAGCCUUGAGGGCACCGAGAACCAAUCCCCUUAUUGCCUCGCAGAGUGGCAAAGACGGAGACUGCCGUGGGAUACACCUUUCAACGGAGUGCCCGGAGGUACAGGAGAACUUUCCAGUCUGCUUGACGGGGCGAAACGCGAAUCACCGUUGUAAAGCUGCCGACAAAGGUAAAGGCGUCUGCCCGGGGUAAGUAUCGACCCGGAUGAUCAAUGAGAAACCGUCGGUAUUUAUGAGAAAAGUGACAGCCGCUGUUCUCCUUUCCAUUAGUUCGGCAGCGAAAGGAGGGAGUGAAGAGGACAUGUGGGGAUACUGCCUGUCCUAGUAUUUUAUGGGACUUUCAAAGGUUUUUAAUAUUCGUGUCCGCUCGCCGCUGUUUUUUUCUUUUCUUUUUUAUAUUUAAUUCUUGUUGCCCCUGGCCAAGGCUGCUUUAUUCUUUGUUUUUAUGGCAAAUUAAUAAUAAUUAACUUCAUAAAGUUUUAUUAUAAACUACCUUGGCUUACCACUGUUCGCCCCCGUUUAGAAGGGGUUUUGUCUUCCAAACCGACCCUUUACAUCUACCCGCAUCGACCCACCAGCGCUCGCUGAGCUGGAUUCAAGAAGUCUCAUCACUGCCACACUGCCAGCAUGCUGCGGUUACCGGUCUCUGCAGCCUUUCUUCUAGUUUUUAUCAGCCAGGUCUUUGGAGACUUGAUCCAGGCGAGUGUAGGGGAUGAUGUUAAGUUUCCCCUCUCAGACGAGUGCAUGAAGGGACACGGAGCACUGAAUCUACACCUGAAGGACGGCAGCAUUCAGGUGGUGGCGUCUCUUCAUGGUCACUGGGAGCCGGGGCGAGCUUACACUGACCGGGUGACUGUAAGCAGCGAUUCUUUAAAACUGACAAGUGUAGAUUUAAAUGACCAGGGCAUGUAUGACUUUACAUGCAAGAAGAAAGGGAAGCUAGAGCUCACUGAUCUGCAAGUAUUCCUGCCCUCUGAAGUUGUUGUAGAUGAGGGUGAGGAUGCUGCACUGCCGUGCCGCUCCAUCACAGCAGGUCAGAGGGUGAAGUCUGCGCAGUGGAGGCGAGACGGAGAGGUGGUGCUGGAGCUGAAUCCUCCCCAGGUUACUGAGGGGAAUGGCUUUGAAAGCCGGGUAUCAAUAUCAUCAGACUGGUACCAAAGGGCAGACCUGUCCCUCACCAUAAAGCGAGUUCACCUGAGGGAUCAAGGCGUUUAUUUCUGUGACGUGGACAAGACGGAGCGACACCGCUCAGCUGUGCGCCUGCGAGUUCGAGAGACCGUCCCUAAAUCCCUGACCAGCACGCUAAAGCCUACACUGAUGCCAACACAGACGACUUCAGAAGCAAAUGGACGAACUCCGGUCGCUGUCUGCAUCACAGCUGUGGUCUUUUUGGUUUGCGGCCUCGUGUGUGGAUGGCUCCUGAAAUCUCACUGCUCCACGUACUUGUCACGUCUUCUCCGACGUUUUGGACCCGGAGAUGAACACCAUGAUGUAAAUGGGGCGUCGGAGCCUCUGAGCCAUCCUCCUCCUCUGCAGAUGAAUGGCCACAAUCCAUCAAAUACGUCCCAGGCAGACGUCUGAAGACUUUUAGGAUCAAUACCUGGCAACCUUUAACUUAUUAAUGCGCUUCAGCUUAUUUAUGUGUGCAGCUUAUAAUUAUUAUUAUGAUUUUUUUACACCGAUUAAAGCUUUUGUUUCCUGUCUUAAUUUCCUUUUUCUUAUUUUUCUAAUAUCUUGCUUCAGCUGUGUGUGAUUAAAUAAACAGUGUGCUUACACCACUGCCUGAGUGAGGUGACACACGGUCACCUUCAGUGCCUUCAGGCCUCACAGGCCUGAGUGUGUUCACGGUGAAGUUUUUCACGGACACUUCGUGGUUCGCCUGCUCCAUCAGGCCUCGGCUUAGGUUAAGAGUUCCUCCUUCCAGACGGAAACACGUGGUUUGACAAAUGAAAAUAAAUUAUGUAAAGCCAGGCUCAC